AUGACUCCUCCACAUGGCUACAUUUCAAAAGGAGAUCAACAAGUCUGCAGGUUUCUUAAAUCAUUGUAUGGUCUUAAACAGGCCUCCCGCCAAUGGUUUUCCAAGUUCUCAUCCACCCUUAUUCAUAAUGGUUUUCGUCAAUCCAAGGCCGAUUACUCCCUUUCCACUAAGGUUACGGGUUCCAAUUUCCUUGCUCUCUUGGUGUAUGUAGAUGAUGUGAUUUUGGUUAGUAAUGAUGCUCGAGUCAUUUCAGAUUUCAUCUUAUUUCUCGACAAGAAGUUUAAACUUAAAGAUCUUGGUUUUGCCAAGUACUUUCUUGGUCUCGAGAUUGCUAAGAGCUCUAAAGGCAUUUCCCUUUGUCAACAGAAAUAUGCCUUAGAAAUCCUUGAAGAUUCUGGUUUACUUGGUUCUAAACCUGCAAAGUUCCCUAUGGAGCCACAUGUGAAACUUUCUCGGGAUAAUGGUAAUCUUAUAGAUGAUCCUACUAUGUACAGAAGGUUAAUUAGGAGAUUGAUUUAUCUUACUCUUACUAGACCUGAUCUAGCAUAUUCUGUACAGAUUUUGAAUCAAUUUAUGGAAAAGCUGCGUCAACCCCAUUUAGAUGUAGGAUACCGAGUUUUAAGAUAUAUUAAAAAUGCUCCUAUACAAGGCAUUUUCUUUUCUUAUUCUUCCAACUGUCAGCUUAAGGCUUUUUGUGACAGUGAUUGGGCAGGUUAUCCAAAUUCCAGGCGUUCCACUACUGGUUUUUGUGUGUUUCUUGGAGAUUCACUUAUUUCUUGGAAAUCAAAGAAGCAACAAACUAUUUUUCGGUCUUCUGCAGAAGCUGAAUACCGUGCUAUGGCAUCAACCAGUUGUGAGCUUACAUGGAUUAGAUCACUUCUCACUGAUCUUACUAUUAGUCAUCCUCAAGCUUCUCUUCUUUACUAUGACAGCAAGACAGCCUUAUACAUUGCAGCUAAUCCAGUGUUUCAUGAAAGAACAAAACACAUUGAAUUGGAUUGUCAUCUUGUUCAUGAUCAAAUUCUUAAUGGGGUUCUUUGCACUAUGCAUGUUAAUACUCAGCUCAAUCUAGCUGAUUUAUUCACUAAGGCUCUUGGUUUUCAAUUGUUUACCUCUUUGCUAUCCAAGAUGAAUGUUGUGAAUAUUUACAACUCCGAACAUCCAUCUUGA